UAUCCGUCAGAUUUGCAGCCUGAAUGACAGUUUUGUAUCGUGGACAUAUGUACAUAGAAUUUCAUGUUUUAUGCAUUAAAAAAUAGUUCUUUUGUAAUUGUAUUUCCUGUUUCAUUUCAAAUGUUGAUUAAAGGAUAGAAAGAAAAGUCUAGAUGGUAUUACGAGUAGUGAAGUGAUUUGUCAAUAAGAUGGGCAGCAGUUACACAAAAGUAGAAAACCGUUAUGAGAAAACGUUAAAAAUCAUUUUUACUCAUCCUUGCGGAAGAAACAGUUUGUUUCACCUGGAUACGAACUGCACUAGGAUUAUCAAAUCAAAGAAAGGAAAUGUAACAGUUAGUGUUUUUGACACCGACAACGAAACAAAGCCCUGCUCAGCUUUAACAUUCGGAGCAGGUACCCAUGUGUGGAUAGAGAGCAACGUUUUAGACAAACCAGAUAUAUUACGCCGUGUAUGACAAUCACUUUUAUGGGGAAUUAUAAUAUUAAAUGACUGCGAUUGCGUAACCUGCAAUACACAUGCUGGGCAAUAUAUGACUUUUCCGGUUCGCCGAUUACCUAACUCAUUCAUUUGUAAUACAGAUGAAAUAGAAACGCAAAAUGCAGCUGAAGAAAGAAAUACAGGAUGGUGCUGGCAAAUUGGUUAUAAGUACAGCUUCCGGUCUGCGUGAUGAAGCAGAAAAAUGUACAAGAGAAAUGGCUGCAGCCUUUACGAGGAUGGUGAAAGACAUGGAAAAUGCGACAUUUGAGUUAGUAACUGUCUUAGAAAACCAACCUGUUAUAAGCCCACAAGCAGAUACUUUAUAUCAGUUGAUAGAAAAACAAAAACUGGCAUUUGAAACUAUAAUUGCGAAAUGCACACUGAAAGUCACUGAUGGUAAAUUAAGUGAUUUUAAUGCUCUAGACUUUUACCAACAAGACCUUGUCCUGUUGGAACUUGGAAGAUACCUUAGAAAGGGAAUCAAAAUAUUGACAACAGUUUUUAAAGCUUUAAAAUGGUCUUUUAGAUUUAUCGUUCUCAUUUUUGUAUCUGUUUUCAUUUACCAAAUAUACGAGUCUAACAAUCCAUGGAAAGAAGCGACAAAAAAGAUUAUUAAUGCCGGAGUAGGAUUUGUUGUUGCGGUAAUAGGGUCUAAAUUAGGAGCAUUGAUUGGUGCUAUUGGAGGACCAGUCGGUGUUGUUGUUGGCUCUAUUCUUGGAGGCAUGCUUGGUGGAGUAUUAGGUAGCUACUGUGGGAAGGGAAUUUUCAAAAUAGUGUGUAUGAUUUUCUUUCCGAAAUCUACUGGUGGCCCAGGUCAGCCUCCCAUUGAAGGGACAGAACAUGUAUAUGGUCAACCGUGUAUUCCAGGAGUAGGGACAGUUAUGGAUCAAACGAAACUACAUGGCAUACUAAGGACAGGUCAGCCUAAAAUUACUGGUGCCGAAUCAACUAUAGGUUUGCCAAAACUCUGGUAGAUAUGAAGUAAAACGUUACAAUAUCUUAGUGAAGGGACCGAAAAGGAAAACAUAUUGACGAGUGUUAAAAAUUGUAGCUGCGCUUGUAAUAAUAUGUUGACUACAUAUGACUUGCAAAGUUUUUAAUGUUCGAUGUAAUUAGUUCUGAGGAUUUAGUUAUUAAUAUGGCUAAUUUUACGCUAGAAACGGCUCUUGUAAUUAUCAACAUACUAGAGUUCGUCGUUUUAAUUUUUUUUUUGUGUAUACACUUCACGUUGUUUAUAAAUGAUUUUUUUCUACAACUUGUAUAUUUAAAUUCACCAAACUUGAUACUUAGCACCCUUGUCUGGACCUCUCUUAUAUUAAUAAUUGUUUUAGCUCCGCCAAACUUUAAAUGACUUCUUUGCGCGAACCGCCUAAUCUCCAUCAGGCUUUGUCAUAAUGUUGUGGACGUUAUUUUCCACGGGAAGGCCACGCCAAAAAUAGAAUAAUAUAAGCGAUAGUGAACUUUGUUCAUAAAACUUUCAAUUGAAUUUUACCAAACUUUGUCAGAAGCAUCCUCAUAAAUACAUCGAUUCGCUUAAAAACCUGUCAUAUACAAUAUAUGUAUACUUAUAUCGUCACAUUUUUCAUUGCGACUACUCAUGAUUAUGUGGUUGAUAGAGCAUAUAUAUCUGUUUCAACAGUUUAACUCCUAUUAUAUAACAACAAAUCUUGCGGAAAUUGGGUAUAUUGAAAAUGGUAAAGCUACAACAUUACAAUAAUUGUAUAUAUUUUGUAAACAGUACAGAAGGUAAUUUUGAUAACUUUUAUUCUUAUUGGUAGUUUUUUCACAAUAUACUAAAUAAGAACCUAGUUUAAGUAUCGUCAUUAAGAUUUUCUUCACUUUAUAUUGGAUUCUUGUCAAGCUUACACAGAUAACCAAAACUUUAAAUCGCAACAUAUUAAGUGCGUUUAUGUAAAAAUUGCAUAUACUUUCGAUUUAUUCUACAUUUCGUAUUAACUAUGUGUGCUUGUCCGUCUUUCAAUUUGGAAAGUACCAUUAACUGUUAAAAGGUGUGAUUACCAAAAAUAUACUGACUGAUAGGCAUGCAGUGCAGAUCAUAAUCAGACUACACUGGUCGCAAAGGCAGAAUCAAUCGUGUACAACAUGAUCAGGGUUAAAUUUAGAUAUAAGUUCUUAAAUAUUACCUUGUCCGCUGGGCAUUCUAUAUUUUGCUUUCUAUUAAAGUUAAACAUCUUAAGUGUUAACUUUUGUUGUAUUUCAUACUGUCGAUUAAUUCAAUAUGUUAUGUACGCUAAUGAGUGAGCCUUUUCCCUUAUUGAUACAUAUCAUGUUUAAUUUUGUAUUUGAGUCACAUACAAUUCAUGGUUGAAACGUACUUUCACGCAUUUUCUGUCAUGAAAAAUGAAGACUAUUUUGUUGCAGACAAGCUUAUAGUUUGCUCUUUUUUCUAAAGCUUGAAAUCAACUUUUAUUUGUUGUGCGACAUUUUAAAGUUACCUAUCUUUCUAAAGUUUAAAAUAAAAUUUAUUUAUUGUGCGACAUUUUAAAGAUGAUUUUAAGAUUAUAUGUAGCUAUCAUGAA